AUGUCCACCUUCUACAAGAUCGGCACUGGCGCCUGCGGCUCAGUAUGGGCAUUAUCAGAUGCAGGACCGCCCUUCAAAAGAGGUGAUGGCAGCAAGGAUCGAUCCCUCGAAAAUGAUUUCCACAUGCACCAAAGAGCCAUCGCGAGUUUCUCUCGAUUCCGGGGCCUCGAGACACCUUCACAUGUUGACCCACGCAUUCGAGUCCCCGAGUGCCAUCGUUGA